AUGUCUCGCCAUAAGGAAAACAAUCCCUUGUCAACGAAACAGCGCCCUUCCAUCGCGUCAAUGAUAAAGAAUACUCCCAGCGAUGAUUUCUUCACGGACAGCAUCGUCGAAAACUCGUCCAUUCCAUCUCCUAGCCCCAAGAAAGGUGUUUCAGUAAAGCCUCGACGCGCCGUAGGAAUUACACGAGCCCUACAGACCGCGAGAGAAUUAAACCAGAGAUCAAACCGCCCCUCGAGGCCCGAAAAUGAUGGUUCUACUCCGAAAACCCAUCUUCAACCGGCGCUUUCAGUUUCCAAGAAGAAAAGCCGAAGUCCUCUUCGAAGCAAUGACUUAUCUACGCCUCCACGAUCCAAAUCUUUGACGCUCCCACCCGAGUUUUCGAGUCCUCCCGCAGGCAUGACAGACGUCUACCAAAGGAUUGCUGAUGAGGAGGACUUGGUCGCCACAGAGCGAGAAGCCGGUAGCGAUGAAGAUGACAAUGAGCUGGAGAAUGGCCCACAGGACAGCUUUGACGAGGACAUUGAUAUGCUUGUGGAUAAGUCGCCGCCGGUGGUAAUUCACCCACAGGGCCAACUUCCAUCGCAGGAAGCGAAGUCAGCGACGCCGAGUGAAGAUGACAUGAAAGAGAAUGAGAAUUUCGACACCCCGGACAAUUUGUCAGAAGCAGCAACUCUGGAUUUCAUUAAUAAUGAGAUGACGGAUCGGGUGCUUGCUGCAAAAUUGACACCUCACGUUGUUGAUCGUGCAAAGGAUAGGGCUCGGCUUGAAAAAUUAAGACAAAGUCGCAUACCAAUUGAUUUCAAGAAUAGUCCAAAGCUAGUGGAGAAGAAUCUCAACGGUCAAGCUUACCAACGGAACACCAUCGGAAAUCUAUCCAGAGGACCCCUCACGUUUGAUAAUCACGUUGAGACAGGUAGAGACGGGCUCAAGAAGACUGCAUCAGAGUCUAGUGCAUCAUCCACCCCCCAGAAAAGAAUCGCGGCAUUUAGUCGAGCAACAAGACCCAACGUUACACACGACCGUGUUACUGUUGAGUCUCACAAUGAUAGAUUUACUGAUAUCGGCAAAAGGGAUAGGGUCAUUGCUUUCAGCAGGGCGAAACGAUCCCAGGAUGGACUGUCGGGAAAGGAUAUAUUUCACGCCAACCUUCCGGAAACUGGACCAAAAUUGGUAGCUUUCUCCCGGUCAGAACGACCAGCAAGACACACCAGAGCUCACAGUGAGGAGCCGGAGCAGACUGGAGAAAUCUUUGGCGCCGAUGACACUCAAACUUCUAUUUUAUCUGAACCACUGCCUGGGGCAACCCCCCAAUCCUUGAUAAAGAAGAAACAGGACACCGCGUCUUUCCUAGCAAAGUGGCGUCAGCAAGCGGCGGAAAGGCGAAGUGAGAAAACAGAGUCUGCAACUAGCGAUGAUCCGAUUGACUGGGCUGCAGCUGGCGCAGAUAUCGCCUUGCCGUCCGUUGAGCAAAGUUCUACGCCUCAGGACACGCCUCCACGAUUGGACAACCCAUAUUCCAUUCAAAAACAAAGGUCGAUAGACCGAAUCCGCAAGUGGGAAAAUGACUUCACCGGUCUUUCGUUUCAGGUUUCUGAUAGUCCACCCGUUCGGAAUCGGCCAAAUCUCAAUGAUUCGAUUAGGGAAAGAGAAAUUGAAGAUCUGGCGAAACAGGCAGUCACCACAAAUCGACUAGGAGAGAUUCAAGAAAAGGAUCCAAAUGUUUUGGUUCGUAAAACGUCGAGAAAUUUCAGUUCAGAAGAGCGGCAACAUACACGUCCAGAAGUGGAUAAUGAGGAUUCGAAAGUGAUAUCCCACAACGGGCCAGGUCUAGAUGAGGCCGUUACCACUAAUGCGCCGGUCUCGUUGCACAGGUCCUCAAGCAACAGCACAACCAAGUCGAUAUCCUCCCAGAGGAUCAGUCAGACCUCUCAUGACUCUUUAGACCAUUUGCAACGUCUAGCUCGAGCAGUCAGCACCACGCCAAGAGCAAGCCCGGUACCGCGAGAGUCAACAUUCACCACUCAGCCGGGCUCUGAUAAGCCCGUGAACACAAACUCAAGCCAGGAUGAUCCAGGUGAUCAAUCGACUCCACAGCCUCGUGUCAAUGGAACGGUGCGUGCGGUGGCUCAAAAAAUAGCAGAAACUCCAAAAGUGAUUGGGGCUUGGACGGACACCAUCCUGCCUGACACUGUCAAAACUGUGAGGCAGCCCGGAAAAGCUUCACUCAUUGCAGAAACACCUCAUGUGAAUGCAGGUGGGUGGAUCGACACCCCACUGGCAACAGGCAAGCGCCUACCGCCUGUCCCAAUUCCCAUCACAAUCGAAGAAGUGACCGAAGACUUGACAAACUUUGUAGCUUCGCCGCAUCCGGUAGAGCUCGAGAGCGGCCAGGGUCCAAUCAUCGAACUAGGGGCCUCGAACAAUAUCUCCGAUCGCAAAGAGCUUGUUGACUCCCCAAUGGACCAGGUCUCUGCAAUACCACCAAGUGCCUUGGCUAAUGUCCUGAACAAAGCAAAACAAAAGCGGUCAGUCACAAACGAUAUCACAGACUACAGAGAAGAUACUCUGAAUCUUGGGGAUGCCACAAUACAAUCAUUUGAAGACUUUCUCAAUAAUGCCACAGAUAUUACUGCAGACAUAUCUGGUCUUAUCAAAGAUGGUGCAGAGGAAGAAUUCAUCAGACAAAGACAGAAGAUACAUGAAGGAGAUGCAGGGACCAAUGACAGCGAAGUCGUCUUCAUCGGCCAUCUAACUUCAAGAAUGGAACGACUAAUGUCAAAUCUGCAUGAAGCUCGAAAAGGCAUCUCGCGACUGGAGCAAAAGGUCUCACGUUCUCCUCCUCCAAAUGAACAAAAAGCAAUUGUGCCGACUACCUCAGCGGUCAUGGAUCAGUCUUGCGCUGUCUGCGGUCAUGCAUUGAGCACUCAGCCUCAUCUUCACAAUUAUACAGACCUCGAAUCAUGGCUGCCGAUGGCUUACUCGGUGAUUUCUGUACCGAUCCCUCUCCUAUUUUUCCCACGCCGAAAAGGAGAACGAGGCUUACUUCGUCGCCCCACUUGGCUUGGAUGGCUCACACUUGCCGUUUGGACAUGGUACUUGAUCGAAUGCACCAUGUGCGAACUGUAUGCUCGACCACUAUAUGCAGAGCGAUACAUCUGGCCUACAGAACCAGAACCAGAAUUUCCUUUGGUGUUGCCCACAAUGAUCUUGCGAUGGACACGCUUCGAGCAGUUCGCUCCAGGAAUUUACCGAGUCCUUGUUGCAUUCUAUCGGAUGGUCGGCAUGAUCUUGGGAUUUAGCGACGGGUUUGUGGACGAUAUCAACCCUAGGAUCAUCGAUGAACCCACGACAACCGCGGUAGCACCACAAGUCACCAAAGCAGCAUGGAAUAUUGUUAGAAACCUCCUUCCUGGUGGCGGUUACGGAGCAGAGCCGGAUUUGAGUAUGAUGAAUGAUGAGAUUAUAUGA